CAAAAGAAUAAUAGAUUUUUGUCAAUUGUCAUUAGAAAUGACAUUUCAAUGGAUAAAACAUCAAUUUCGUUACUGUGUAUUAUUGGUACCGAAUUCUGGGAACGGUUUUCCUUUUGUGGCUUACGCACUAUUUUAUCGUUAUAUUUAAGAAACGAAUUACAUCUAUCUGAAAACAGCGCAACUAUUGUUUAUCAUGUGUUUAUUAUGUUAUGUUAUAUUGUUCCUAUAGUUGGUGCUAUAUGUGCAGAUAGUAUUUUAGGUCGUUACAGAACAAUUUUGUACUUUUCAAUAGUAUAUAUUUCUGGAAAUGCGUUUAUGAUUUUAGCUGCUAUUCCAACAAUUGAAAUAUCACCAAUUUUCGCAACAAUAUUUGGAUUAACUCUAAUAUCUAUUGGAAGUGGUGGAACAAAACCAUGUGUUGCUGCUUUUGGUGGUGAUCAAUUUUAUCUACCAAUACAACGUGACAAAUUGCAACAUUUCUUUUCAUUGUUCUAUUUUGCGAUUAAUUUAGGAGGAUUUGUUGGCAUGAUUUUAACGCCAAUACUAAGAAAUGCAGUCACAUGUUUUGGUGAUGACACAUGCUAUGCACUUGGAUUUGGAUUUCCUGCUAUAUUAAUGUUUUUAUCGCUCUCACUGUUUAUGUUAGGAAAACCUUGGUAUCGUAUGAAACAACCUAAAAGUAACGUGAUGAUGGAGUUUGUCAGUUGCACAUCAUAUGCACUCACUCGACGCAUCAAGAGUCAGUCGCAAAUGGGACAUUGGCUGGAUUACGCGGAGAAUAAAUAUAACCGCAAAUUGAUUCGUGAUAUGAAAGUUGUUUACGCGGUGCUUUUACUUUAUACUCCCUUGCCAUUAUUUUGGUCGUUAUUUGAUCAGCAAGGAUCUCGUUGGACCUUCCAAGCCAGUCGGAUGGACGGCUUUUUUAUGGGAAUACAGAUUGUUCCUGACCAAAUGCAAGUUAUCAAUCCCGCAUUAGUUCUAUUUUUAAUCCCGUUCUUUGACAAAUGCCUUUAUCCAAUGAUGCAAAAACGCAACUUUAUGACGAAUCAGUUACAUCGUAUGGCUGUAGGCGGAUUAAUUGCUGGCGUAGCAUUUCUUUUUGCCGGCGUAUUAGAACUUGAAUUAGAAAAAAACUAUCCAAAGUUGCCUGGUAAUUAUCAAGCAUCUGUGAAUAUAAUCAACACUACUCCAUGUCGAAUCGACAUUAUCAAUCCAUUCAGAAGACGAGUUGCAUUAAACGCAAGCGAAAUGUAUACUUUUCAAAAUAUUCCAGCAAUAAAAGAAACUGAGUACAAUAUUACUGUCAUCGCACCAAGUAUUUGUGGUGUUUACGAAUUGCCGGAGAAAGUGUUUCAGAUGAGAAUUUUAGCCGUUGAGAGACAAGUAGAUACGAUAGUGAUUGCAAUAAACAGAAAGUACACAAUUGCAGAUUACAUCACGGAUCCAAUCGAAUUCAAAAGAUCACUCAGCGGAAAACCCAGAUUACGAAUUGUAUUUUUGCAACGUUCAAAAUUCCUGAGAAAUGUGACCGUAUCAUUAAUAAGCCACAUAUUGACGGAUAUUUACUUCUUCCCGGAUGAUAGUCGAUCAAUGUUAGUUUCGGACUAUUUAGAAUUACCGCCUGGUGGAUACAAUUACUUGAUUCGCGCCAAAAACUUAAUUGAUAAAGAAGGAUACGUCCAUUUGGCACUUGGAGGUGUCUAUACAUUAAUAGUAGGCGAACGAAAUUCAAAUAUAGAGUUUAAUAGAUUGUAUACAAUGUCUCCGCCGAAUAACGUCAACAUAAUGUGGUUGAUUCCUCAAUAUUUCCUAAUAUCAGUCGCGGAAAUCAUGUUUGGCGUUGCCGGCUUAGAAUUUUCCUUUACCCAAGCACCGAAGAGUAUGAAAACUGUUACGAUAGCAUCGUGGUAUCUUUCCGUGGCGAUCGGUAAUCUCAUGGUCAUAGUGGUUGCACAAGCUAAUAUUUUUAAAAGUCAGGCGUAUGAAUUUUUCCUGUUUGCGGUUUUGAUCGUCGGCGAUAUGAUGAUUUUUACACAGAUGGCUGGUAAAUAUAAAUUCGUCGAGUUGGAAGCAGACAGUUCAAUAUUUGUAAUGUCAGAAUUGCAACCGCUAUAUGAGGAUUCUGAUGAUGAGAACGAUUUCGGCACUAAUGUGAUGCAGUUGAUAGAAGUUGCAUCUAUGAACAGAAUUAAUGCACUUGACAAGACGUAAUAAUCUAAGUUUACCUAUGCACAAAGCAUAUUUAAUAUUUACGAUGGAAAUAGAGGAUGUGCGGCAAUAAUAUACUGCGUUUGUUAAAUGAGAAGAAAAACAAUAAAAUUAUGAGAAACUGGGUGUGUGCGUGACAAAUAACAUAAUAAUUGUAAAGGAAGUGUCGAAAUAUACGAUUGAUUGAUA